AUGGCAAUUGAUGAACAAAUGUCUACUAGGUCCUAUUAUGAAGGGACGUACAAGAAUUCUUGUAACGCAUCACAUCAGAUUCGGUUUGACUGGUGCCACUUAUUUGUUGUUGCAUCUGGUGCGAUUUCAGAAUUACGUAAUUCAGGAAUAUUGACCUCAAUCCUUGAUGAUAGCCAAUCAGAAUUAGUAAAUUCGGUUGAAUUGGUCACAGAAAAUGCACUCGUUGAAAAUGCAGUUCAGGUAAAUGAUUCACAACCAAUAAAAAAAAUCUCCAAACCAAGAGUUCUUAUCGAAGAAGAAGCACGACCAAGUGGCAUGGUUAAGCUUAAGAUUUACAAGUCAUAUUUCUACGCAAAUGGAAAUAUACUUUAUUGGUUAAUUGUUGCCGUAACAUUUAUUGGAGCUAGAGGAGUACAGAUAAUGGAAAAUUGGUGGCUUAAAGUUUGGUCAAAUGCCUACGAUAGUAGCGAGACAUCCCCAAUAAUUUUCAACCUGGUUCAAGAUAAUUUAGUCAUGAUCGAUGGAAUAUUCAGCGAUAUUCAUAAGCCAUAUAGUGUUGAUUAUUAUUUAAAUAUAUAUGUGUUAAUUACAUUUUUAUCUAUUAUCACUGGUGUUUUGCGUUAUGCUUGGCUUUAUUAUGGAUCUUUGAGAGCUUCUAAAAAACUUUAUCAAACACUACUUCAUCGAGUUAUUCGUGCCCCAUUAAGAUUCUUUGAUACGACUCCAGUAGGGAGAAUUCUUAAUAGGUUCGGCAAAGAUUUUGAAACAAUUGAUAGCAGUUUAGCAGGCGAACUUGCGCAAUUUUUGAUCAAUGCAAUAAUGAUGCUGAGUACUAUGGCUGUUUUAACAGUCAUUACAAAAGUUGGUGCAUUAUAUGUAAAGGCUUCUCGUGAACUCAAGAGGAUGGAUUCUGUGUCAAGAUCCCCACUAUAUUCUCAUUUCACUGAAACUUUAAUUGGCAUAACAACAAUUAGAGCUUUCGGUGCAUCAAACCGGUUUAUGCAAGAUAUGCUAUUAAAAAUAGAUAACAACAGUCGACCAUCCUUUUAUGUAUGGCUAACAAAUCGCUGGCUUUCAAUCUAUUUCAAUGUUACUAGUUCAUUUGUUUCAUUUUUGGCUGGUAUUUUCAUUCUAUGGAAUCUUGAUCAAAUUGAUGCUGGUUUAGCUGGUUUGUCCUUGUCAUUCGCAAUGCAAUUCACGCGGCAAAUAAUGUGGACUGUUAGAAAAUAUACUUUGCUUGAAAUGAGUUUGAAUGCUGUUGAAAGAAUAAACGAGUUUUCUGAAAUUCCUCAAGAAGCACCAGCUAUAAUUGAACCGAGACCACCUGCUUGCUGGCCACAUAGUGGCGCAAUCGUGGUACAAAACUUGGAAGUUAAAUAUGCUUCUGAUCUAGAACCAGUAUUACAUCAUAUUUCAUUCAAUGUGAAAGGACAAGAAAAAAUAGGGCUUGUUGGUCGUACUGGGUCCGGAAAAUCAACAAUAGCAUUGACAUUGUUUCGAUUUGUGGAACCAUCGGAUGGAAGAAUUUUAGUUGAUGAACUUGAUAUUUCAUCAGUCGGUGUUGAAGAUCUUCGGUCAAGAAUAACUAUAAUUCCACAAGAUCCUAUACUAUUUACAGGUACAAUACGGUCAAACCUUGACACGUUUUCCCAGUAUGAGGAUAGUGAAAUAUUGAACUCUCUUCGACGCGUUCAUUUAAUUCCUUCUAUAGAGGAUAUAGAUGAUGUCUUAAUUUCAGGGGACAAUUUAUUUAAAAAUUUGGAUACACCUGUAAGUGAGGGCGGAAAAAAUUUUAGUCAAGGUCAGAGGCAAUUAUUAUGUCUGGCUCGAGCUUUAUUAAGAAGUUCAAAGAUUAUAGUGAUGGAUGAGGCCACUGCGAGCAUUGAUUUUGCCAUGGAUGAAAAGAUUCAGAAAAUGAUAAGGACUGAAUUUGCUGAAUGUACUGUAUUAUGUAUUGCACAUCGGCUGCGUACUGUUAUUGAUUACGAUAGGAUACUAGUUAUUGAUCGAGGAAAUAUAAUAGAAUUUGACAGCCCAUACAAUCUAAUAACCGACAACAAUUCCUUGUUUUACCAAAUGUGUCAAAAUUCUGGUGAAUUUGAUUUGCUAAUGUCGUUAGCUUCAAAGGAGGAUAAGGAUAAUAGAGAGGCCUA